GAGACUGCGGCGGCGACAGCAGAGGCUAGUGGAAGCCCAAGGUGGCAGAAGGGCCGCCGCCACCAAGAGGAAGAAGGAGGCCCCCACAAGCUUAGCACCAGGGAAUCAGCCUCUCUUACCCAGCCCCGCCGUCCUUCUAGACCCUCUCCUCGCCUAAGAAUCCUUCCCUCUCAGCUCUGGCAAGCACACAUUCUGCUGGAUAGUAGCCCGCUGAUCCUCCUUCGCAACAGGCUCUUAGCAGAGGCAGCAGCAAGGCAUGAAGACCCCCAACACACAGGAGGGAGAAGGACAACACACCAGAUCAGCUGCAGGACGGGCCACUGGGUCUGCACACUUCACCAAGAAGAAAGCUUCCCAGAAGAAGCAGAGGGGCAGACCUUCAUCCCAGCCCCGCAGAAACAUCGUGGGCUGCAGAAUUUCUCACGGAUGGAAGGAAGGCGAUGAGCCCAUCACCCAGUGGAAAGGAACCGUUCUGGAUCAGGUGCCCAUAAAUCCCUCUCUUUACCUGGUGAAAUAUGAUGGAAUUGACUGUGUCUAUGGAUUGGAACUUCACAGAGAUGAAAGAGUUUUGUCUCUUAAAAUUCUUUCCAACAAGGUGGCAUCAUCACAAGUUAGUGACGCCAGCCUUGCAAACACCAUCAUUGGCAAAGCAGUGGAACAUAUGUUUGAGGGCGAGCAUGGCACCAAGGAUGAAUGGAGGGGGAUGGUUCUAGCCCAAGCACCUAUCAUGAAAGCCUGGUUUUAUAUUACCUACGAGAAAGAUCCUGUCUUGUACAUGUACCAGCUUCUAGAUGACUAUAAAGAAGGUGACCUCCGCAUC